AUUACACCUUGGCAAGCGUAUAUCGGAGACCAGCGGCCCCGUCCCCAUGCAUCCACCUUCAAAGUCAGGGCCACAUGAAAGGAAUAGAACCUAUGAUAUGACCCAUCGAUGCAAAAGGCUUUUCCGUCUCGCUAUUUCAAGAUCAUGGAAAAAAGCAGCGUUGACAGAACAGCGCGUCACCCUGAGCUUGAUGCAAUUCUGUUUCUGAAUACUCUCCAGGCUCGCUCACAUGCAUGUUUCGUGCAGGAUGGAGGCCUGAGGCUCGGUUAAGGCAGCAUGGCAGAUUUCCAGAUCGCGGAUCAAAAACGCCGUAACCGCUACCUCGGCAGCGCAUAUCCCGCAAAAGCCCCGGACAGGUACCAGACGCGUGUGAGUUGUACAUCAAACCCCUAGCCCGAAAAAAAAAAAUUACUAUGUAGCCAAGUCACUCCACGCUGCCUCGCGCAGAGUUCUGAGUUUUCGACCCACGUACACACUAUGUCUUCGACCGCGUCGCUGGAUCAUUUAGCGCGCACCUCCUUUCCCUCCACACUCCCGACCGCGACCGUGUCUCCCGUAGAUGAACAUCCUCCUCCCUUCCCCGCUGGAAGCGAUGAACCGGCGCGCCCGAGCACCAUAAGCCUGGCCCUGGCCGAAUCCGACCGCUUCGUCACGAGGGUGCUGAAAGUUCUCGCGACGCCGGGCGGCACCGACAGGGUGCUGUGCACGACGGCGUACACGCUCCAGCUCCUGUCCGCGAUCAUAAACAGCCGUCUGGACGCCGCCACCGAGAGGCUGGCCAGAAACCUCGCCGAGAAGGCGUCCAAGGCGCUCCUGCCCGGCGAGACGGUGGUCGCGACGUUCGAGCCCCCCGCGAUCGCGCAGCUGCUCGCGCGGCUCGCCAACUCGAGCAAGAAGCUGGCCACGCUGAUCUCGGAUUACCGCAUCUUCGUCCGCCUGUGGGGUCUGUUGGGCAUAUACGCGUGGGGCAAGAGCGUGUGGCUCGACCCGCCCAAGGACAAGGUCCUGCGCUGGAUCGCGUACGCGCAGGUCCUCGUCAACGUGUGCUUCCAGCCGCUCGAGAACAGGGCGUAUCUCGCCGGCAAGACGAUCAUCGACCGCGACGCGAGGGCCCAGCUGAGGGAUUGGUGCUGGAGCAGCAGGUUCUGGUGUGCGAGCACCACGCUGGAGUUUGUGCGCCUGUGGAGGCAGAAGAAGAUCUGGGAGGCGGAGGACCGGGCUGCGGCGAGCAAGGAGAAGCGACAAGGUCCGGAAAACACGCAAGCUGACGAGGAGGCAAAGGCUGCCAGGCAGGAAGAGGAGCGACUCUGGUGGAAGGAUCUGAUUGUGAAUGCGGCAUACUAUCCGAUGACCCUGCAUUGGAGUCUGGAGACUGGUCUGUUAACGGAUAUGCAGGUUGGUAUCUUGGGCAUGAUUGCUGGCGGGAUGGGCUUGAGAGAAGCUUGGAGAAAGACCGCGUAGAUUGAUUUCUAUUGUGUGGCAAGUUGAUUGCCGAAAUGCAGAUUAUCCAGGUACAUAAAAAAGCAGAUAGGCUAAGGAGCGGCCAACUAUCUCCCCUGACAAAUAGACUGUGUGGAAUUUCUAGA